CUCCCCAGACAUGGAGCUCCCGUUGAACUUCCUCAAAAUCCAGCCGUUAUAAACUCACACACUGACACUUUGACAGUAGAAGAAGACGGGCUCACACUCACUGAACUUCGACAAACUCUCUGACUUUUGGACUUAAGGAUGUUGCAGUGUGUGUGUGUAUUGCUGCUGGCGGCCUCCGCUCUGAGCCACCUGGAUGAAGCCGCUCUGGACAGCCAAUGGGAAGACUGGAGGAGCACACACAGGAGGGAAUACAACGGCCUGGGCGAGGAGGGGAUCCGCCGGGCCAUCUGGGAGAAGAACAUGCUGAUGAUCGAAGCCCAUAACCAGGAGGCAGCGCUGGGAAUGCACUCCUUCGAGCUGGGGAUGAACCACCUGGGAGACAUGACGUCAGAGGAAGUGAACGAGAAGAUGACCGGCCUGCUGCUGCCGCCAACCAACGGCCAGCGCAGCUUCACCAUGGCUUUCGACGAGAAGCUGCCAAAACUCCCCAAAUCUCUGGACUACCGCAAGAAGGGCAUGGUGACUCCAGUAAAGAACCAGGGUUCCUGUGGAUCCUGCUGGGCCUUCAGCUCGGCCGGGGCCCUCGAGGGUCAGCUGGCCAAAACCACAGGGAAGCUGAUGGACCUGAGUCCCCAAAACCUGGUGGACUGCGUCAAAGAGAACUCCGGCUGUGGAGGAGGAUACAUGACCAACGCCUUCACGUACGUGGAGGAUAACGGAGGCAUCGACUCCGAGGAGGCCUACCCGUACGUCGGAGAGGACCAGCCUUGCCGUUACAAUUCCUCCGGUAUGGCCGCUCAGAUUAAAGGUUAUAAGGAGGUUCCUGUGGGCGAUGAGCGGGCGCUGGCUGUGGCUCUCUUUAAAGCCGGACCCAUCUCUGUGGGCAUCGACGCCGGACUCGGAACCUUCCAGUUCUACCAGAGAGGAAUUUACUACGACCGCAACUGUAACAAAGACGACGUCAAUCACGCCGUGCUGGCAGUGGGCUUCGGAGUGAACAGCAAGGGGAGGAAAUUCUGGAUCGUGAAGAACAGCUGGAGCGAUACCUGGGGAAAGCAGGGCUACAUCUUGAUGGCACGAAACCGCGAUAACCUCUGUGGCAUCGCCAACCUUGCCAGCUACCCCGUCAUGUGAAGAGGACGAAUCGGAGACCACUACACACACAAACACACUUGAAAAUGUAAGCAGGAGAUUAGCCCAACAUGUCCACAACCACUACAAACGAAUAACAGAAGAUGUCCAUGUUUAUGUGGGUUUUUAAACACACUUUCGAUUCAUACAAAAUGUUCACUUCCAGUGAUAAAAAGGGCUAAAUGUUGUGUGAAGUCUUGGAUCCAAAUGUCCUUAAAAUCAUUUAUUGAGGAGAUUUGGUUAUCUCAUUUGAAGCACUUUGAACCCCCUUUAGUUUUAUCUUCAAACCAGCAGACCUCCAAUCAGAUUUAGUACCUCAGGGCAUCGUGUUAGGAACCCUAACACAUGUUGGAUUUCUGCCAAAUGAAAUCUUCAAACACACCAGGCACUUCCAAUACAGAAGUCUGGUAGUAUUUGACAGUCUUAGUCCUUACAUUUUAAUUACAGUUCAUGUGAGAACUAAACAGAGACGAAACAUUGCUGGGCGAUGGGAGUCGGUUCCUUUAUACUCGUUACAAACUUUACUUUUGUUUUUGUUGUUGUUCUCUUCAGCACCUUUCUAAAGAUCAAACUGUAAACUGAUGUUUUCUAUGAAUAAAGGUUUCAUUUUGAAGUUGAA